UCCACUCAACGCCUCUCCACGUUUAACCCCAGCUUCUCCCCGCAGAUACGCCCGCAUUCCCCCAGAUCAUCGCGCGGAUGUCUAAUUUUGGAAUAGGAUGUUAUGGUGUAGCACUCUUUGUACCACCGGGUUAGAAUACCCCGAGUCCUUGAUGGACUCCAUGGGGUGUCGUAAUGCCAUGAGCUCGUGUGAAUAUUAUCCGAGGGGAGAGCGAUAGUUAUGUAUACACAUUCUAUCCUCGUUUUUGGUGUAUCUAUUCCAGAAUAGAGCUUAUGAUCGUGCUUCGCUUCAAAAGUCAUGUUCUUGGUCACAGGAGCAAAUUGGCUAAGAGGGAAAUGGCUCUCUUGGGCUAUUACUGCGGCAAGCUGCCAGGGCUUUUUACUUCUUGGAUACGAUCAGGGCGUGAUGAGCGGCAUCAUCGGGGCCAAUAACCAGUUCGGAAAAGACUUCAACUCUCCCGAUUCAAAUCUACAGGGGAUAAUCGUCUCAGUGUACGAUAUUGGCUGUGCUGUUGGAUCGCUUGGAUCUCUUUUCCUCGGCGAUCGUGCCGGCCGGAAGUUCAUGAUCAUGCUUGGAGGUGCCAUAAUGAUCAUUGGGACCAUAAUUCUUGCUUCAUCGACUACACUAGCCCAGUUGUUGGUGGGAAGGAUAGUAACGGGUGUUGGAAACGGGUUAAAUAGCUCUAACAUCCCCGCUUACCAGAGCGAGCUUUGCGAUCCUUCCAAGAGAGGAAUGUUGCUGAGCUUGCAGGGUACGGUGACAAUUGUCGGCCUAUGUAUAGCAUAUUGGCUUGACUUUGGAUUCAGUUACGUCGACGGCUCAGUUCAAUGGCGCUUCCCAAUUGCAUUUCAAGCUUUCUUCGCAAUCCUUCUUGUUCUUCAGAUGGUGCCGCUGCCUGAAACACCUCGUUAUCUCAUUCUAAAUAACCAUAACAAUGCCGCCGGAGAGGUCCUUGCCCGCCUGCAUCCCGGAAAGAAUGUCACGUCCGAUCACCCCGAUGUCGUCUAUUUCAGGAGGCAGAUAGAGACCGGAAUUGAGACCGAGAGUGCUGGAGGCCCUUUCCGAUACAGCGAGCUUUUGACGGGAGGCGAAGUGCAGAACUUCCGACGCGUUGUCCUAUGCAUGGCUGUCAACGUCAUGCAACAGUUCACUGGCUCCAACAUGAUAAACUAUUACGCACCUGUCGUAUACCAGCAGACUAUGGGACUGUCGAGAACCCUCAGCUUAAUUCUUGGAGGGUGCACUUCCCUGACCUAUCUCGUGGGAUCCAUAAUUCCUCUCUGGGCAAUGGACAAAUUCGGGCGUCGGACUCUUCUGAUGUUCUCUGCAUCAGGGCUCUGUCUCUGCUUCAGUCUUGUAGCCAUCCUACUCUCCAGAGAAACCAAGUCUACCGCCUACGGAGCCACAGCCAUGGUGUUCCUCUUCCAGAUCUUCCUUGGUAUUGGAUGGUUACCAGUACCGUGGUUCUAUCCUUCUGAAGUUACGACGACCCGUAUCCGGUCGAAAGGUCAGGCUCUAGGUUCCUUCAUUAACUGGAUGUGCGUCUUCACCGUUGUGCAAAUCACACCCAUCGCCAUUGCGAACAUUCAAUGGCGGACAUUUAUUAUCUUCGCUGUUUUCUGCUUCCUAUGGAUUCCGAUUGUGUACUGCUUCUUCCCUGAGACAAACCAGCUAGAGCUAGAAGAUAUUGACCAUCUUUUUGAUAACGGUGGUAUCACUGGUGGCGUGUGGACCAGCAAAGGAGGUAGAACUGUGGAACGCAAGCAUCAUGAACGUGAGACGGAAUUUGGAACAUCUGCAAAGGAGGAGUUAGCAGGGAAAUCUGCUGAGAUAGAAACUGCUUGAGACAGAGUUAUGAACAUGAUGCUUUAGGCCUAAUGUGGAUUGAAUAUAGACUUCUCGAUGCGAGCUCAUAUGUGAUACCGUUAGUAACUGAGAAAUGAAACUAAAGACAAAAAUGGACUUAAUGAAUGUAUCUAACUCGGUCAGUAUGCCCUUCGGUUAAAUUUGACAAGUCAACUGACGAAUUUGGCUUCCAGUAGGGAUUUCGGUUAACUCCGAAGCUUGACUCUAGCAGCGCGCAGCUUAAUAUGGAUUGCGACUUUAGUAUGCUAUUCGAUCCAAUACAGGGAGCUGAGCACUGCAGCACUUUCACCAGUAUUUGAGCUGGUAAGACAUCUUCCCAUAACUGCCAUUCAGCCGUAG